AUGGCGCUGGGCGCGGGCCCGGGCGUGUGGGCGCUGCUGCUGCUGUGGGCGCUGGCGCUGCUGCUGUGCGGCGCGGCCUCGCGGGCGGCCGCCCGGGCGCGGUUCGCCACGGUGCCGGUGGCGCUGGGGGCCGCGCUGCUCAGCGCCGCGCUGCUGCUGUUCCCCCGGGACGAGGAGCACCCGCCCGCUGCCGCGCACGGCGACGAGCUCGUGGACACCUUCCUGAUCCCCCGCUUCAUCCUGCUGGCUGUGAUGAGCCUGCUCUUCCUCGGCUGCCUCUUCCUGCUGCUCAUCUACCACCUGAUGGAGCCGGUGUACGCCAAACCCCUCCGCAGCAGCAGCAGCAGCAGCUGACACCCCUGCAAAGCUCUUGAAGAGGAAACCAGGAAGGGGAAGUGAAGAGACUUUUGUCUUCUGAGCUCAGAAAAGAGCUGGUGGAGCAAGUGAAGCCCAUCACUCACAGGCAGUGCUGUUAUCUCUCAGCUGCUGGGACUGAGCACGAGCACCUUCCUCUGCAGGGGUGGGGGUUUCAAGCCUCCUCAGACUGUUGUCACCUCCUUCUUUUCUCAUUUAAUGGGAAGGUUGAAAUCCAUCCACUUGGAUUCAAUGAAUCAAACUGAGCUGAGAUGGUUUGUUUUCGUUAGCCACAAGAGACUAGUUUGUUACUGCUCUGGUUUUCACCUCACUUCAAUAAAGCUUUCUGAGAAA